AUGAUUGCUCUUUUGACCUUCUGUCAGUCUCCUCACGAGUCUACCAACGUCAACGUGUCAUCCGCUAAGGGUCUUCAAGACGUUGUGGGAACCCCAACCACGCCAACCACAUCUUUCGAUGUAAUUUCUGACCGCGUCGGAACGUUGCCCCCUGCGGAAGGGGACAACGUUCGCAAAACGCUUUUGCAUGAGGUCAACGAAACGUUGACCUGCACCGGUGGUGUAGUCACAACCGUAUGUUCGAUGAUCGCAUUUGCUUCGAAUCGACGUGCGAAUGGCCUCCAGCUAGUCAACGCCGUUCGCUUUCUGGCAUGUGGGAUGUCCGAGCGGGUCCAUGAAUACAUGAACUUCAUCGGCUUGAGCUCGUCAAGAUGGUCCGCAUUAUCUGCGUUGGGAUCGUUGGCUAAAUGCUCUCAACAACGGUUGAGGGUUGCAAUGGCCGGCAAGGCUGGUUUACCCAUGGCCCCUUCGAUUUGUAUUGACAAUAUAGACAUGGUGGAAAAGGUCCAUGCCUUGUCUGUUGGUAAUCGGACUCACACCUUCAGGGGAACAUGGGGUUACAUCCACAUGCCUGAUCAAAAACUUCUCAAAUCACUAUGUUCAGAGGAAUUAACCUUGCCUGCUUAUUAUGAGGCAAUCCGGUUGGCCGAUGGUCUGGCCAUUGAGCCGGAGUAUUUCUUACCCUCGACCAACGAUAACCUGAUUGAAGAGCGGGUAUGGAAGUCACAGAUCGCACUGGUCAUGAAGAAGUAUGUCGCCGUCCCGGUGGACCACAAAUCCGCAGUGCCGUCGGCCCCUCCAGUUGUCGACCAGAUCAGUCAUGAGAAGCCUGUUAUACAUAUGCUCAAGCUCAUGGAAGCAUUGGACAACUGUGCAGAGGGGGUCGGGCAAGUGUUCCAGUCAAUAAUCAAACAAACGGGAAUCUCGGAAGAUAAAUUCUUUGGCCGUCUACAGCCCAUGGACGGCGACCUGGGCACGGUUCAAAACUUCAAUUGCUUAAGGGCCCAGCGCAUGCCUAAUCCAUUCCCUCAAGAAUGUAUGAACAACUGUGUAUUUCAGCUCGGGGCGGCGCAUACCCUCUGGAAUGUGGCAUCGACUAUCUUUACCCAUCAUUUCGGCAAUUCUAGUGACUCAUCGGACUGCGGUGCAUGGCAGUUCCUAGAGGCCUUGGGGUUCCCGGCUGACAAGGCAAUCCAAAAGAAGGACUUCACCCUCAUGAUCAACCAGAUGGAACGGGUUCUUGAGGGUUUACUGUUCUACUGCCUCCGGGUUGUAAUGAAGACGACGAGCAAGCCAAUAACUGAUGCAAAACUGGAGACGAUACCUACCGACCGUUGGAACAACAUUGUGAACAGUUGCUAUAAUGACUUUUGUUCACCUGAGGCUCGCCGGUCUGCGGUGGCAAGGGAAAACCCUAAAUUGCACAAUGUGCUAAUCAUGUUACAUGAUUUCUCAAGUGUUGUUGAGGCAUCUCGGGCAAUGAAAGCGGGCGAUGUCGGCAGGCUCAUGCUGGUCUGGAAGAAAUGGUGCCUGAUGGCUCAAGCGCUGACCGGCAUGACCAAUUACUCUUCAUACCUCCCCCGUAUGGUCUUACUGCUGACAGUCAUACUACCUCCGGCAUUGCAGAAGUACCUCCAGCACAACUUAUUGAUGUCUCCAUCGGGGCGCCCAGAUCAUUUUGUCGCCAAAGAUUUCCACUUGGAAACGCAUAACGCUUGGCUCAAAUGGUUCUACAACAACACCGGAAAUGGAACAAAGAUUGACCGGCUUCGAGAUGUCUAUUCACUGAACAUCCAAGUGGCUGACAUCGAUUACGAUUGCGGUCUUUUUAUCUUAAGUUGCAGGAGUUACUAG